AUGACUGCUUCAUUACUCUUCCAUUCGCAUUGGAUCGACACGGUGAUGUUUCUCUACGACAACAGCUUGGAUGAAAGAAGCAAGAACAUGGAAGGAUUUCCUGGAGGGAAUUUUGCUGCAAACCAGUGCAGGAAUUUGUUAGCGCAUCCAACCUCGCUGGCUCCCAGCACCACCUACACUGCCAGUGAGGUGCCACUCUCUGGCAUGGGGGAGCCUGUCAAACAAUGCAGCCCCUGUUCUGCCGCUCAGAGCUCGCCCACUGCAUCUUUGCCUUAUGGAUAUUUUGGUAACAGUUAUUACCCAUGUAGGAUGUCCCACGGCGGCGUCAAGGCUUGCGCGCAAACCUCUGGUUAUGGCGAUAAGUACACGGACUCCUCGGUCUCUGGUGAGGAGUUCUCCACCAGGGCGAAAGAAUUAGCUUUUUAUCAGGGCUAUUCCUCGGGUCCUUACCAACCCAGCUACUUGGACGUUCCUGUCGUACCUGCGCUGAGUGCUCCAUCGGAGCCAAGACAAGAGUCUCUUUUACCCAUGGAGCCCUACCAACCAUGGGCCAUCACUAAUGGCUGGAGUGGUCAGUUUUACUGUACCAAGGAGCAGCCACAGUCAAAUCCUCUGUGGAAAUCCUCGUUAGAAGACACUGGUGGAGACGGUUCUGUCCGCCGUGGCAGAAAGAAGCGUGUGCCAUACACUAAGGUGCAGCUCAGAGAACUGGAAAGGGAGUACGCCACCAAUAAAUUCAUUACCAAGGACAAAAGGAGAAGGAUAUCCGCGCAGACAAAUCUGACAGAAAGACAAGUGACAAUCUGGUUUCAGAACAGGCGCGUAAAGGAGAAGAAAAUCGUCAAUAAAUUCAAGAGUUCAAGUUAGCUGUGGAGGUGAAAGGCGGACAUGGACGCGCCUUCAUCCGAAAAUUAGUAUAAUUUAUUACAUUUUGGACGUCUUCUUGGUCACCAGAGUGGCUCUGUUGUGACUUACAUUUGCUUCCUCAAAGUUUAAUUGGAACCAGCUCAUGCGGCCUGUUGUCAGAAGAUGGUUCGCACCAUAAUGACCAACGCGCUUCUGCGAGGGAUACAUGGUUUUUAAAAAGAAAUAUCCAGCAAACGAAAAGACGUUCUGCUUUGAAGAUCCGCCACAAAUCGAGCAGUCCUGCGCUUUUAUUCCACUUGAUCCAGAACAGAGAUGAAGGCUGAAAACCCCUGGAAUCAGUUACAGUAACAGCUUUCGUCUUGAUGCAGUGGUUAAAAACACGUUGGCUAAAAGGUCACUGUCAGAAAAGAUCAACUUGAAAUUAUGUGACAGAAAAUGAAUAUCAAAGCUGAGAGUUUCAGGAUUCCUUCAAACUAAAGAGAAAAAGAUCUCUUCGCACAUUCUGUCCUUGCACAGCCUGCAGUACUUCUUUGAUGUGUGCAUAAUUCUACCAUUUGAAAGGGUUGGGAAAACACUUUACAUCACUGCCUUUACAGCAGAAUCACUUAAUUUAAAAACAAUCUUUACUGGUUAAUGAACCAGCCAGUGUCUGAUGAGACGCACCAAACGUAAAACAGUAAGAGUUUCAUUAGGUUGGCCCACACUUUGUCCAAAUCAGUAUUUUUUUCUAAACACAGGGUUUUACUCGCAGGGAAUAACUCGCCUGUCAACAGGUUGACAACUUACACAAUAUAAUGUGCCUGGCAGUCAAGAACGAAGUACUUACAAAUGGGCAUAUUUAAACAUGCAAAUACAAUGCGACUGCAGCUAUCUCUU